CCUCCUCGUAGACCUAUCUCACCGGCCGCAACUCCUCAUUACAUCCUUCAGGAGAGCACCGCCACACUGUAGAGAUCGUGCGCCCUGUCCGUCCGGCCCCUGCCUGCCGCGCGCGACCGCGCGAGAUCGGGCUGGUCGAUCGAUUAAUUUGUUGGCGCGUGCUCUGCUGGUGAACCAAGGAAUCGGGAUGGCGGUGACGGUGCGCGUGGCCGCCGGCGUGGUGCUGGCGCUGUCGGCGCUCCUGGCCCUGGCGCAGGCCGAGGACCCGUACCUGUUCUUCGAGUGGAAGGUGACGUACGGGACCAAGAACCUGCUGGGCAAGCCCCAGAAGGUGAUCCUCAUCAACGGCGAGUUCCCCGGACCCAGGAUCAAUUGCUCCUCCAACAACAACAUCGUCGUCAACGUCUUCAACCAGCUCGACCAGCCGCUCCUCUUCCACUGGAACGGGAUCCAGCACAGGAAGAACUCGUGGAUGGACGGGCUGCUGGGCACCAACUGCCCGAUCGCGCCCAACACCAACUUCACGUACAAGUGGCAGCCAAAGGACCAGAUCGGCACCUUCUUCUACUUCCCGAUCAUCGGCAUGCAGCGGGCGGCGGGCGGGUACGGCGCAAUCACCGUGGUCAGCCGCCUCCUCAUCCCGGUCCCCUUCGACCCGCCGCCGCCCGAGAGCGACCACGUCGUGCUCAUCGGCGACUGGUACACCAAGGACCACGAGGUCAUGGCCCGCAUGCUGGACGCCGGCCGCAGCGUCGGCCGUCCCGAGGGCGUGCUCAUCAACGGCAAGGGCGGCCCCGACGCGGCGGCCGCGCCCAUGUUCACCUUCGAGGCCGGCAAGACGUACCGGUUCCGUGUCUGCAACACGGGCAUCAAGGCGUCCCUCAACUUCCGCAUCCAGGGCCACGACAUGAAGCUCGUGGAGAUGGAGGGCUCCCACACCGUGCAGGACAUGUACGACUCCCUCGACGUCCACGUCGGCCACUGCCUCUCCGUGCUCGUCGACGCCGACCAGAAGCCCGGCGACUACUACAUGGUGGCGUCCACCCGGUUCAUCCACGACGCCAGGUCCGUCAUGGCGGUCAUCCGCUACGCGGGCUCCAACACCCCGCCGUCGCCGAACGUGCCGGAGCCGCCGGCGGGCUGGGCCUGGUCGAUCAACCAGUGGAGGUCGUUCCGGUGGAACCUGACGGCCAGCGCGGCGCGUCCCAACCCGCAGGGCUCCUACCACUACGGCCAGAUCAACAUCACCCGCACCAUCAAGCUCAUGGUCUCCCGGGGUCACAUCGACGGCAAGCUCAAGUACGGCUUCAACGGCGUCUCCCACAGGGACACCGAGACCCCACUGAAGCUCGCCGAGUACUUCAACGUCACCGACGGGGUGUUCAGCUACAACCAGAUGGGCGACGUGCCCCCCGCCGUGAACGGGCCACUCAGCGUCAUCCCCAACGUCAUCACCGCCGAGUUCCGCACCUUCAUCGAGAUCAUCUUCGAGAACCCCGAGAAGAGCAUGGACUCACUCCACCUCGACGGCUACGCCUUCUUCGGCGUCGGGAUGGGGCCCGGGAAGUGGUCGCCGGAGCUGAGGAAGACGUACAACCUGCUGGACGCGGUGAGCCGGCACACGAUCCAGGUGUACCCGAGGUCGUGGUCGGCGAUCAUGCUGACGUUCGACAACGCGGGCAUGUGGAACAUCCGGUCCAACAUCUGGGAGCGCCACUACCUCGGGGAGCAGCUCUACAUGAGCGUCGUGUCGCCGGCGAGGUCGCUCCGCGACGAGUACAACAUGCCCGACAACGCCCUCCGCUGCGGCAAGGUCGUCGGGCUGCCGAUGCCGCCGUCCUACGCCCCCGCGCGCUAAGAGGACCAAGGCCACGUUCUUUCCCGCUGUGUUGUGACCAAUCCAUUCCGAUCCUGUGUUGUUCUUGAG